CAGAGGAAAGCAAUAAAAGCUGUUAAAGGCGCACUGGGGUCAACAAAAAGCGUGAGAAAUCAACAAGCUUUGCUCUGUGCUUGCUGGGGUGUUUCUCAUUCUUGUGUGAAGAAAGAACUGACACAACACAGAGGGGAGCGAAGGCCGUGAGAACGAGCAAAGGGACGUUCACAAGAAAAGAAAAAAGACCAAAUGCUUUUUUGGGGUUUAUUUCCCCAUCAGCCACUCAUAUUAAGCGCCUUGACAGUGGCCUGAGAAGAUAACUGUUUUGAUACAAAAACAUGAGUUACAACAGCUCGUCUUCGGGUUCGGGCAGUGGAACUGCUAGAAGGACUUUUGAGUUUGGAAGGACCCAUGUGGUCAGGCCUAAAGCUAAUCACCAGGCGACUAUAGUUUGGCUACAUGGCCUUGGUGACAACGGCUCAAGCUGGUCCCAGCUCUUGGAAACUCUUCCUCUUCCAAAUAUUAAAUGGAUUUGCCCAACUGCUCCUACAAGGCCUGUAGCCAUAUUUGGUGGAUUUCCUUGCACUGCCUGGUUUGAUGUAGGAGAUAUUUCUGAAAAUGCUUCAGAUGAUAUAGAGGGCUUAAAUGCUUCUGCAGCACACGUUGCAAAUCUUCUGUCAACAGAGCCUCCAAAUAUCAGAAUUGGUAUUGGGGGCUUCAGUAUGGGUGCUGCAACUGCACUUUACUCAGCUACAUGCCAUGCUUUGGGGCGGUAUGGAGGUGGAAAUGCUUAUCCUGUCAACUUAAGUGCAGUUGUUGCUUUAAGUGGCUGGCUUCCUUGUUCAAGGAGCCUCAGAAAUCAAAUUGAAGGAUCACAUGAUGCCUUAAGGCGUGCAGCAGCAUUGCCCUUACUUCUCUGCCAUGGCUUAGCUGAUGAUGUGGUUGCAUUUAGGCAGGGAGAGCAAUCUGCACAGACCUUGAGCUCAGCUGGAUUCAGGAAUCUUACAUUUAGGAGCUAUAAUGGCCUGGGUCACUACACCGUCCCUGAAGAGACUGAUGAGGUUUGCAGUUGGCUGACUGCAAAUUUGGGACUUGAGGGGUUUCGGCCGAACUGACACAGAAGCUUUCUUGUAGGCUUUGGAAGAGGCACUAUAGAAAUAGGUAGUGGUGUGGGGUAUACCUUACUUUCUGAAUGAACUUUUUCAAGGGUCGCUAAGUUUCUUGCUGGUGGGGAGGACGUGGAUAAUUCCUUCACAUCCUGCGCCUGCAAAUUUUGCUUGUUUCGCUCAAGGUGUCCUGUUGCAGUGGAUGUGCGGGUUUCUGUGUUCUGGUCCAAAUAAAGUCAAAUCUUGGUUAAAUUUUGUUAGUUUGCGGUGCUUUUAUUUGGGGUUUUAAAAUUAGUUAUAUUUGACUAUUUGUACUCGGCCUUAGUCCCAAAGAGAAUAAAAAGUCGAACAAGUUAGUUAGGUUGGGCUGAAUUAAAUUUCCCGUGAAACUAGGGCCUAGGAGGCUGGCGAAAGUUUUGAUCAGAAGUAAAUUAGAUUGAAAACAACAAACAAGUUACUUUUGAUCUCUAAUGAAAUUCUUUAUUUA